AGUCGCCCCUUUCUUCUUAUUUUUCUUGGUAUUUUGGGGCUUCUGUGGUUCUGUGGAGUUUGCCAUUUCUGAAUGUGGAGGAUUAGUUUUUCUUGUCUCUGUCUGGUGUUCAGAGGCAGUCCUGGGCAGAUGGUUCUAUGAGCUUUCCCUGGGUUAAACUGAAUAUGCCUCACUGGAACUGGAAUGGAAGGGUCGGACCACGAGGCCACACUCUCCCCCCCGGCUCGCUUUCCGGAAGUUGCCUUCAGAAUCGCUGGCCGUGAGGCUGUUUCGUCAGCCUGCGGGGGGAUGGGCUGCAGCUAGCCCAAGCUCUGAGGGCAAGGACUUUCACUGAGACUUGGAUAGCAGGAUCCAGCCUGUGAGGCUGUCUUGCCCGCCCUGAGGGUUGCUGUUGUUUCGACCAGCUCUCUGCAGCGGAAGCCCCAGGCAGUAACUUUCACCGGGACUGUAGAAGGCCCUGAGGGUUCUGCUCUCUGAGCCCGACCGGGCUGCGGCUUCCGGGAGCCUUGGAUUCUGCGCUCCUACCCCUGAGGUCCGAGUGAUCUCGGGUUCUGGCUUUUAAGGGGAGCCGUACCUUUUGAACCGGGUCCAGGUCCAGGAGGAGGGUUCCCAGGGUCUGUGCUGUUGAUCGUUUUGAAUUUCGGCGCCUUAGGAGCUUAUCGUUUGAGAUCGGUCGGGAAGGGUUUUCCGGAGAUCUGAGCUUUAGCUUUCUCUAAGCCGCCAUCUUAACCGGAAGUCCCAGUUGUUAUUUUAAAAUAUGGUCCACUAGAAAGUAUCUUUUUAAAAAACUUUCCUUCUUAUACUUUUAUGAAAGUAUGUUACAUUGUAGAUUAUUCUUCUUUUAAAAGUUGUAGAGUGGGGAAAGAAGACAUGAAUCAGAAUUAUCUUGGUCACAAUUUUUAGUAAUAAUUUUAAGAUGUUUUUCUCCCAAGCUUUUGGAAUCCUCUUGUCUUUCAAAUAAUUUGAGAACUGAUCAAAUAAUUUCUCCACUGUACAAUUUUGAGUUGAGGAAUCCUCAGAAUUGUCUCUAGCAUUGAUCUUCUCUGUGAACAUUUAAUCUAAUCUAAUCAUUUCUAGUUCCCUUGCUGCUUAUCUAGGUCAUUGAUGUUAGAUGCCAGAUGUGGUGAUUCCACUAUCUUUGCUAUAAGAAAUCCUUUUGUGUUUGUUUUUUUUUAUUGUUUUCCAUUGAUUUCCUGCCUGCCUUCAGUUUUAUUCUGAAAUGCCUUCAGGAUGACCUGGUUCAAUUGAGUAUCCCACUUAGCUUUCAUUAAACUUAUUUUUCUCUCCACUACUUCUUAUUAUAACUAAAGUGAUUUUUGUUUAUAGUCUACUCCUCUUUUGCUCCAUAAAUACAAAUGUUGCUUUUUUCAUACUUUUGCCUUAUCAUACUUCUCUGUUUGGUAGGAAGAUAAAGUGUUAGUUAACUAAAGUGGUUUCUGGGACUUUUGUUCUCCUUGUUAUAGCAAUUGAUUUAUACUGGUUAAGCUUAUUUAAGACACUAUUAUAAUCUAUAUAAUAAUAUAUGUAAUAUGAGGGAGUUGUGAAUAGAUAGCUGCUAUUUUGAAGAGGAUUUAGGGGAUAUAGUGGACUGAAAGCUCAAUAUGGAUCAGUAGUGUGAGGUGACAGCCAAAUAAAGCAAAUGCAGUCUUGGGUAUAACUUUUAGAAACAAGGAAAGGAUAAUCCUACUAUAUUUUGCCCUUCCAAGGCUGGUUUAUUUUAUUCAGUUUCAGUCACACAGUUUAAGAACACUAAUAAAAAACCAUAGGGUACCUAGGAAAGGGCAACCAAGAUGACAAAUGACCUUAGGUGGAUAACCUAUAAGGAUCCAUUGGGGGAAAAAAAACUGGGUAUGUUCAGCUUUCAAAAAAAGAAGAAAAAGACUGAGGGUUAGGAGAUGACAUGGUAGGUUUGAAGGAUUGUCAUAUAGAAGAAAGAUUGUACUUGUUCUUUUUGGCCCCAGUAUGUGAAACCAGGAGCAACAGGUAGAAGUUACAAAGCUCCCAAUUUAGGCUUGGAGUCAGGAGGAACUUCUAAUAAUAAGAGCUGUUCAAAAGUGUCAGUGUCUCUUCAAACAGAAGUUGGACAACUGUUUUUCAGGUAUGUUACAUUGGAGAUUCCUGUUGUGUAUGGGUUAGACUAGAUAGCCACUGAAGUCCCUGUAAUGAUGUGAUUUUGUGACAAUACUAUUCCUACGGCCUCUUCCAGUUAAGUCCUCUGAUCCAUUGUCUAGCAGAUUAUUGGAAAUGAUAGCUAAUUGGAAGCAAGUUCCAGAUUAGAGGUAGGGGUCUAGAAGUGAAGGUGUGAAUUAAGUUACCAAAGGAGAAAAUAAAAAGAGAUAGAAGAAAAUAAGAUUGAUGAAACCUUGGGAAAUGACUACACCCUAAGGUAUAGGAAAAGGAAGAUUUGCCCUCAUAGGAAUGGUCAGUGUGUUAUUUUAAAAUUAGCACUAUCCAUUUCAUUCAGUUUUUAUAUGUAUGACAGUAGGGGAUUAGUAAAGAAUAAGUAGCUACUCUAUCAGUUAUCAUAAGAGAAACAAUUGGACAACUUAAUUACUCAAAUCCUUCAGACUCUGAAUAUAGGCUUAUGGUCAAAGUGUAAUUAAAUUUUUAAAAAGUUUAUUAAUAUCAGCUGUGAAUUCCUUCUUUUAAGUUGUUGCUAUCAGGAAAACAAUUCAAUACUUAAAAAUUAUUUUAAGAGGACAAUUAUACUUUAAGUGAAAUUUUGUAAAAUAAAUAUAUUACCAGUGAAUAAAACUAAGAUAAGGGCAGGUAGGUGGCACAGUGGAUAGAAUGCUACUCCUAGAGUUAGGAAUCAUGAGUUUAAAUGUGACCUUAGAUACUUACUAACUCUAUGACCCUGGAUAAGUUUCUUAACCCUGUUUGCAUCAGUUCCUCGUCUGUGAAAUCAGCUGGAGAAGGAAAUGCCAAACCACUUAGUAUCUUUGUCAAGAAAACUCCAAAUAGGUUCAUAAAAAGUCAGUGUAGCUGAAAACUACUGAGCAACAUCAACAAAAAAUAAAACUGUAUAGGUAAUGUGGUAUAGUAAGAAGCAAAUGAUAUGGAAGGAAAGUCAAAAGGCCAGAUUUUGAGGCUUUCCUCACCUUUUGAAGAAGGACCCUAGGCAUACCACUUAAUUUUUAAGCUUUAGUUUCCUCAGCUUUUAAAUAAAGAAAUUACUUAUACCACUUAUACUACUGGAUUGUUGUGUAGAAAGUCAAACAGUUCUGUAUGUAAAAUGUUUCAUAAACAUAAAAUUCUCAAAGAUAAGAUCACAGAUUUAGAGCUAGGAGAUUCUGUAGAGGUCCUAAAACCUAAUGCUCUAAUUUUAUAGAUGAAGAACUUGAGGCCAAGAGAGGUUGUCAUUUGCUCAGUUAUAUAGUAAGUAUUUGAGGCCAGCAGGUUUGCACAGGAUUAUAAAUUUAGUGUUAAAACAAAUCUUAGAAGGUGAGUCCCCCUGGUUAACAGGUAAGGAAACUGAGGUAAAAGAGGUUAUAUGACUUGCUAAAGGUCAUAUAGCUAGUACAUUUUUGAUAUGGGAUUGGAAUUUAGGGCUUCCUGACUCCAAACCAAAUAAUCUUUCCACUGUUCCAUAGUAAACACAAAUAUUCCUGAUGUCAAGUCCAAUGAUCUAUUUUUAGAGUAGUAAAUUGUUUUUCAAAUUAAAAAAAAAGGUUAAACUUCUAACACUGCACAAAAUUAUUGUUUUAGUAUUUAUACAGAUAAUAAACAUUUUUCAGAUUUCAUCUUUUUCUGUCUGGUUAACAUUUCAGAAUUACAUUAUGGCAUUCCUUGUUUAAGCCCUUAAAGUUUGUACAUUUUGAACAUUUUUCAUGGUGUUGCUUUUGGUGUUUUUUAAAGUUCUUAGAUAUCUGACCAGCCAAAACAAACAAAUGGGGGUUUUACCAGAUGUUUCUUUUUAUUAGCAUGUUCAGUUAGGCCACUAGUCUUUGGAUUUGUCACUUCCAAGGAGUAUUAUUUAGUAAAAUGUCCUGUAAAACAGAGAAGUUUAUAGAAUGGCAGCUACUGGUGAAAUAUGAUCCUACAUAUUAGGCUUUGUACUGUAUUGCGAAGAGUUGAGCCCUGUGCUGUUUGCCAGGAAACUGAAUAACAGAAACAGUAGCUUCCAGGCUAUUGGCCUCCUGAAUACAUACUUAGGGGUGAAGGGUGAACAGGAAGUGGAUUCCAGGAAGGCGGAGAAAAAAGGGUGUUGAGUUAGGGAGCAUAUCAUUCAACAGCAGUUGGUGAGAAAUUCGUGGAUUAUUGCAGAAUGUGAAGAUCAUGUGGUAUCCAAUCCAAAUUAAACACCUCCUUCCUCCAAAAAGACUGAUGGUUCUGGUAUGUAUGCAAAGUUACAGAAUACCCAGGUGAGAGCCAUGUCUGAGAAGAAGCAGAAAAGAAAGGUGGAAUCAGAAAGCAAGCAAGAAAAGGCUAAUCGUAUUAUAUCAGAGGCAAUAGCGAAAGCAAAGGAACGAGGAGAACGAAACAUUCCUCGAGUAAUGAGCCCUGAAAACUUUCCCAGUGUUUCAGCUGAAGGAAAAGAAGAAAAGAAAGGUAGAAGAAUGAAGUCUAAGCCAAAAGACAAGGAAAGCAAGAAAACAAAAACUUGUUCUUCAACCAAGUUAAAAGAGAAGACAAAAAUUGGGAAGCUCAUUAUUACUUUGGGUAAGAAGCAAAAAAGAAAGAAUGUGUCUUCAGAUGAAAUGUCUGAUGCUGAGCAGAUUUCACAGCGUCCAUUCAAAGAUGAAGAUUCUCAACUUCUUAUCCAAUGGAGAGUAGUGGCUCAAGGCUCCUGGGCUGCUGCAAGAGUUGAGAAGAGAAGAUCGAAUCGCCAAGUUAAAAGGAAGAAGUAUGCGGAAGAUACAGAAGGAAAACAGUCGGAAGAAGAAGCAAAAGUUUCUGUGAAAAUCAAAAAAAGUUCAGCUUCUUUACCUGCUGAACAACCUUUGCAGUUAUUUGUGGAGAAUCCAAGUGAAGAAGAUGCUGCAAUUGUGGACAAAAUACUGUCUUCAAGGAUUGUAAAGAAGGAAAUAUCACCUGGAAUGAUGAUUGAUGCAGAAGAAUUUUUUGUGAAAUACAAGAAUUACUCCUAUCUUCACUGUGAGUGGGCCACAGAACAACAACUUCUAAAAGAUAAAAGAAUACAGCAAAAAAUCAAAAGAUUCAAAUUGAGACAAGCACAACGAGCACAUUUUUUUGCAGAUAUGGAAGAAGAACCUUUUAAUCCUGACUAUGUUGAAGUAGAUAGAGUGUUAGAAGUUUCAUUUUGUGAAGAUAAGGACACUGGUGAGCCUGUAAUUUACUACUUAGUAAAAUGGUGUUCAUUGCCAUAUGAAGAUAGUACAUGGGAACUGAAAGAGGAUGUAGAUCAAGCAAAAAUAGAAGAAUUUGAACAAUUGCAAGCCUCAAGGCCUGAUUCUAGGCACUUGGAUCGUCCUCCUCCUAACACUUGGAAAAAAAUAGAGCAUUCCAGAGAAUAUAAAAAUGGCAACCAACUCAGGGAAUAUCAAUUAGAAGGACUCAACUGGCUCUUGUUUAAUUGGUACAAUAGACGAAACUGCAUUUUAGCUGAUGAAAUGGGCCUUGGCAAAACAAUUCAAUCAAUAACAUUUCUCUACGAAAUACUUCUGACCGGUAUACGAGGCCCUUUUCUGAUCAUUGCACCACUUUCAACUAUUACAAACUGGGAGAGAGAAUUUCGCACAUGGACUGAUCUUAAUGUUGUGGUAUAUCAUGGGAGCCUGGUUAGCAGGCAGAUGAUACAGCAAUAUGAGAUGUACUUCAGGGACUCACAGGGGCGUAUUAUUAGAGGAGCAUACAGGUUCCAGGCCAUAAUCACCACUUUUGAAAUGAUUCUGGGAGGCUGUGGAGAGCUCAAUGCAAUUGAAUGGCGAUGUGUGAUUAUUGAUGAAGCGCAUAGGUUAAAGAAUAAAAAUUGCAAACUCCUAGAAGGUCUGAAACUCAUGAAUCUGGAGCACAAGGUGCUUUUGACUGGUACACCACUUCAGAAUACAGUUGAAGAACUAUUCAGUCUUCUUCAUUUCCUUGAACCCUUACGAUUUCCCUCUGAAUCUACAUUCAUGCAAGAAUUUGGGGAUCUUAAAACAGAAGAACAGGUACAAAAACUUCAAGCCAUUUUAAAACCAAUGAUGCUGAGAAGAUUAAAAGAAGAUGUAGAAAAGAAGUUGGCUCCUAAAGAAGAAACCAUAAUUGAAGUAGAACUUACUAAUAUUCAGAAGAAAUAUUAUCGGGCUAUCUUGGAAAAGAAUUUUGCAUUUUUAUCCAAAGGAGCAGGACAAGCUAAUGUACCUAAUUUAGUUAACACUAUGAUGGAACUCAGAAAAUGCUGUAACCACCCUUAUCUUAUCAAAGGUGCUGAAGAGAAGAUUCUUGGGGAAUUUAAAGAGUCACAUAAUCCAGCUGCUCCUGACUUUCAUCUUCAAGCAAUGAUCCAGUCUGCUGGCAAAUUGGUUCUCAUUGAUAAGCUUCUUCCAAAAAUGAAAGCAGGUGGGCAUAAAGUGCUUAUCUUCUCUCAGAUGGUGCGCUGCCUUGACAUUUUGGAAGAUUAUCUCAUACAUAAGAGGUAUUUGUAUGAGCGAAUUGAUGGAAGAGUUAGAGGAAAUCUUCGACAAGCUGCCAUAGAUCGGUUUAGUAAGCCUGAUUCAGACAGAUUUGUAUUCCUUUUAUGCACACGUGCUGGUGGUCUGGGCAUUAAUUUAACUGCAGCCGAUACAUGCAUCAUUUUUGAUUCUGACUGGAAUCCUCAAAAUGACCUCCAGGCCCAAGCUCGAUGUCACAGGAUUGGUCAAAACAAAGCAGUCAAAGUCUACAGAUUAAUAACUCGUAACUCUUAUGAAAGAGAGAUGUUCGACCGGGCAAGCCUAAAAUUGGGUCUAGAUAAGGCUGUGUUACAGAGCAUGAGUGGAAGAGAAAAUAGUGUUGGUGGUAUUCAGCAAUUGUCCAAAAAGGAAAUAGAAGAUCUACUUCGAAGGGGUGCAUAUGGUGCCAUUAUGGAUGAAGAAGAUGAAGGUUCUAAAUUCUGUGAAGAGGACAUUGAUCAAAUUUUACAGCGUCGUACAAAAACAAUCACAAUUGAAUCUGAAGGAAGAGGCUCAACAUUUGCCAAGGCAAGUUUUGUGGCUUCUGGGAACCGGACUGAUAUUUCCUUAGAUGAUCCCAACUUUUGGCAGAAAUGGGCAAAGAAAGCAGAAAUUGAUAUAGAUGCUCUCAGUGGCAGAAACAGCUUAGUUAUUGACACUCCAAGGAUCAGAAAACAAACAAGACCUUUUAGUGCCACAAAAGAUGAAUUGGCUGAAUUGUCUGAAGUUGAAAGUGAAGGAGAUGAUAAGCCCAAACUCCGUAGACCAUGUGACCGUUCCAGUGGCUAUGGAAGAACAGAAUGCUUUCGAGUGGAGAAAAACCUGCUCGUUUAUGGGUGGGGUCGAUGGAGAGAGAUUCUAGCUCAUGGUCGAUUUAAAAGACAACUAAACGAACAUGAUGUGGAAAUCAUUUGCCGAGCCCUUUUAGCAUAUUGCCUUGUUCACUACCGAGGAGAUGAGAAGAUUAAGGGUUUCAUAUGGGAUCUCAUUACCCCUACGGAAGAUGGGCAAACAAGAGAAUUGCAAAAUCAUCUAGGUCUGUCAGCUCCUGUCCCCAGGGGCCGAAAAGGGAAGAAAGUGAAAACUCAAGCAAGCACGUUUGAUAUCCAUAAAGCAGAAUGGCUUCGAAAAUAUAAUCCUGAGCAUCUGCUACAAGAUGAAGGCUAUAAAAAACACAUAAAACAUCAUUGUAAUAAGGUUUUACUUCGAGUGAGGAUGCUGUAUUAUUUAAAACAAGAAGUUAUUGGUAAUGAGUUCCAGAAAGUAUUUGAUGGAGUUGAAGCAAGUGACAUUGAUGUUUGGGUCCCUGAGCCAGACCAUUCUGAAGUCCCUGCUGAGUGGUGGGAUCUUGAUGCUGAUAAAUCUCUCCUUAUUGGUGUUUUUAAACAUGGUUAUGAAAAGUACAACACAAUUAGAGCAGACCCAGCUCUGUGUUUCUUGGAACGAGUAGGAAAACCUGAUGAAAAAGCAGUUGCUGCUGAACAGAGAGCAAAUGAUUACAUGGAUGGGGAUGUGGAAGACCCAGAAUAUAAACCAGCUCCAGCUAUGUUUAAAGAUGACUUAGAGGAUGAUGUUUCAUCACCAGGUGAUCUUGUAAUAGCAGAUGGAGAUGGCCAAAUGAUGGAAGGAGACAAGAUUUAUUGGCCUACUCAGUCUGCUUUAACCACACGCUUGCGCCGCCUCAUAACUGCAUAUCAGCGGACCAGUAAAAAUAGACAAGCCCAACAAAUCCAGCCAGCAUUCUCAGUACAGGCCAAUGUGAUGCAGACUCCUUAUGAAGAAGCUGCUCUUAACCCUAAAAUAGCUGCCAAAAUUGAGAGACAGCAGAGAUGGACGAGAAGAGAGGAAGCUGACUUUUAUAGAGUUGUGUCUACUUUUGGAGUGGUAUUUGAUCCUGACAGAGGACAGUUUGACUGGACAAAAUUUAGAGCCAUGGCUAGACUGCACAAGAAAACAGAUGAUAGUUUGGAGAAGUAUUUAUAUGCUUUUAUGUCCAUGUGCAGGAGAGUUUGCCGCCUUCCUUCCAAAGAAGAAUUGGUGGACCCAAGUAUUUUUAUCCAACCCAUCACAGAGGAGCGUGCUUCUAGGACUUUGUAUCGAAUUGAGCUUCUAAGGAAAGUACGAGAACAGGCUCUCCGACAUCCACAACUGUUUGAACGUUUAAAGCUUUGUCAGCCAAAUCCAGAUUUGCCCGUCUGGUGGGAGUGUGGCACUCAUGACAGAGAUUUGCUUAUUGGAGCAGCCAAGCAUGGGGUUAGCAGGACAGACUAUCACAUUCUUCGUGAUCCUGAACUCUCAUUUAUGGCAGCUCAGAGGAACUAUAGUCAAAAUAAAAUGACUCAUUCAAGAACUUCUACUCCACUUAUUCAGCAGUAUCAGAUGGCACUGUCUGCUUCCCCUCUUGCUUCUCAAUCAAGGUUACUGGAUGCUAAAGGGAAUACCCUUGAUGAUACAAAAGUUAAAAAUGAAAGCCUUAAAGAAGAGCCUCAGUCUUCUGGAGAGGAAUCUGUGUCUUCCGAGGAAAUUAGAACAGGAAUAAAAUCUGAACCUUUAAGCCCAAAGAAUGGUGUUUUGCCACAGACUACUGGAGACCCAAAGUCUGCUGGAAAGGUUGAAACAGAUAGGCGCAUGGUUGCAGCCAGGACAGAACCCCUAACUCCAAACCCAGCUUCCAAGAAACAGAGAGUCAGUAAAAGGGGAUCUGAGUCUAGCUCUGAUUCGGACUCAGAUUCUGACAGAUCUUCUUGUUCUUCUAGAUCAUCAUCUUCUUCCUCCUCUUCUUCCUCCUCUUGUUCCCACUCUCGAUCUGGAUCUAGCUCUUCAUCAUCUUCAUCUUGUUCUUCAGCAUCUUCUUCAUCCUCUUCUUCUUCUUCUUCUUCCUCCUCUUCUUCUUCCUCAUCAGAAGACAGUGAUAGUGAAGAAGAAGCACAGAAGCGAGAAGGCACCACUCAUAUGAAAUCAUAUGAUGAGGAAAGUGUUGCAUCACUAAGCACUAUACAAGAUGAGACUCAGGAUAGUUUUCAGAUGAACAACGGAACACCAAAUUCUGCUUACAUCUUACAAGGUGGAUACAUGCUGGCUGCUUCUUAUUGGCCAAAGGAUCGGGUGAUGAUUAAUCGGUUAGACAGUAUUUGUCAAACAGUCCUGAAAGGAAAGUGGCCAUCAGCCCGGAGGGGUUACGAGGGAAAUGCAGUUGCAUCUUUCUACACAACCAAGCUUCUGGAUAGCCCAGGUGCUGCUGCAGACACUGGCGAGCCCUGCGUGCUGACUCCUCCAAGUGCAGGGGCAAGAGAAGAGCGUGACCAGUCCACACAGAUGUCAAAGGUGAAGAAGCAUGUACGAGAAAAGGAGUUUACAGUGAAAAUCAAUGACGAAGGUGGUUUGAAGUUGACCUUUCAAAAGCAAGGACUUUCUCAGAAAAGGCCACUUGAAAAUGAAGAUGGUUUACUAGGACAGCAGCAGUACCUGGCACGGCUUCGGGAACUUCAAAAUGCUUCAGAGACCAGCCUUGUCAAUUUUCCAAAGUCCAUGCCAGUAUCGGGUACUUCUAGUCAGCCAGCUAUGGGUGCCAAUGGAGUGAUAUUAGAAAACCAGCCCAUAGUCAAAAAAAGGAGAGGAAGAAGGAAGAAUGUGGAAGAUGUUGACAUUCUCCUAUUAAAUAGAAAUAAACCACCUAAUCAUGUUACUGUAGGCAUUGCCACCUCACAAAUUACUCCAGGAAUAAAUCCAGCACUGUCUUAUGCCCAAUCUCAAGGGAUACUUGAUGUAGAAAAUCCAGUUCCAGUAAUUAAUCUGAAAGAUGGAACAAGACUUGCAGGAGAUGAUGCACCCAAAAGGAAGGAUUUAGAAAAAUGGCUUAAGGAGCAUCCAGGUUAUGUGGAAGAUUUAGGAGCCUUUAUUCCUCGAAUGCAGCUUCAUGAUGGGAGACCUAAGCAAAAAAGACAUCGCUGCAGAAACCCCAACAAACUAGAUGUUAAUAGUCUCACUGGAGAAGAACGUGUUCAGUUGAUUAACAGAAGAAAUGCCAGAAAGGUAGGAGGUGCAUUUGCUCCUCCUUUGAAAGAUUUAUGUAGAUUCCUGAAAGAAAAUUCUGAAUAUGGGGUCGCUCCUGAAUGGGGAGAUGUUGUUAAACAGUCUGGAUUUCUUCCUGAAAGUAUGUAUGACCGUAUUCUUACUGGUCCUGUUGUUCGAGAAGAAGUAAGCAGACGGGGGAGACGGCCUAAAAGUGAGAUUGCCAAGGCAACAGCAGCAGCGGCAGCUGCAACAGCAGCAAAUGUGUCUGGCAAUCCUUUGCUAGGCAAUGGAUUGCUCCCAGGUGUGGAUCUGACCACUCUUCAGGCCUUACAACAAAACCUACAAAACCUUCAGUCACUACAAGUAACUGCAGGGUUGAUGGGGAUGCCUGCCAGCCUAUCUGGUGGAGAAGUAAAUAAAAACAUGGCUGCUAUGUUUCCAAUGCUUUUGUCAGGGAUGACAGGAUUACCAAAUUUACUAGGCAUGGGAGGACUCCUGACAAAACCUGCAGAAUCUGUGGCAGAAGAAAAAAAGGCAAACGACUCCAAGGAGCCAGAUGGAAGAAAAGAAAGGACAGAAAGCCAAAACUCUGACAAUGUCGGAGAAAACUCUGUAUCGAGUUCUCCUUCAACUUCCUCUUCUGCUGCAUUAAAUACUGCUGCAGCUGCCAAUCCCUUAGCUCUUAACCCAUUACUAUUGUCCAAUAUACUUUAUCCAGGGAUGCUUCUCACUCCAGGCCUUAAUCUUCAUAUCCCAGCUUUGUCCCAGUCCAAUAUUUUUGAUGUACAGAACAACAAAAACAAUGACCUAGACUCAGCCAAGCCUGUAGAGGAAAAGGAGGAAGAUUCCAGGGUUAGAGAUCAGGAAGAAAAAGGGGAAACUGAACCAAGUUCUCUCAAUGAAAACAGCACAGAUGAGGGUUCAGAAAAAGCAGAUGCUUCAUCGGGAUCUGAGAGUACAUCAUCAUCAUCUGAGGAGUCAGAUUCUAGUAAUGAAGACUGACCCCAGACUCUGCACUUAAAUUAUGAACUGAUUUUGAAUUUAUUCUUUAAUUAUUCAUUGUAAAUAUCCCAGUGUUGAGUGCAUCGAUAACUUACUGACCGAACAUUUCAGUAUUUGUUUAGAAGUGCAAACUGCUUUCAGAGACAUUUUGCAUGUAAUAUUUCUUGAAAUUCAUAAGUUUCUGAACUUGUAUGUACUAUCAAAUACACAAUGGUGUAAAAUUACAACAAAAGGCAUUAUAAUUUUGUUGGGGGGUUAAUUUUAUGGAAAUUAUGCUCAAUGAGAGCUGUAUAUUUAAUAUAUUUGCAAUGAACACAGAAUACUUUAUGCACAUUACUGAUUUAAUUUGAAUAUAGUUUUACAGCCUCCUUGACACCUAUAAUUUACAGAUCAAAACUCAGCAAUAAUUUGGGCAGCUAAUGAAUGUCAUGAAAGCUGUAGAAUCUACAUCAUCAUCCAUUGCUUUAAUUACAUGAAAAUGCUCUAGUGUUGUGAUGCACUGCUGAUGUUUCCAAUUCAGGUACAAGUGUGUUUAAAAGAAGAGAUAAGAUUCCCAAUCAGCCAGUUAGUCUGGCUACCUGUUACCUCAGCUGAGUUAGUUUAGGAAGUUUACAUUCAUUCAUUUCUAAUUCUGUACUUCUUUUCAGGGUUUUUUAAAAGAGGAAAAAAACACACAUCCUGUAUAUCAUGUUAAUCUGGCAAAGUGACUUGUUUUGCUUAGUCAAAACUCUGAUCCCAGUGAAGGCAAGUCAGUAUAAAAAUAAUUCUAUGUCAUGUGACUUUUGGCACCCUAUAGACCUACUUAGUUUGAACAUUGUGGACUUUGGGCCUCCUUCAGAAAUAAUCAUGUUGAGGUGCAGUAGUGUCUGUUUCUAGGGGUCAAAAAAAGCAAAUUCAUGAAGUGCCACUGACAAGAACUUUCAACACUGCAUACUUCAUGUAAAAGAAAUUGUUUGUUUGCUUCGUUUGUGUAGAUUUCUAUUUGUGUUUUAUGUCAUUAAACUCUUAAGAAAUUACCAGGUAAUAUUGGUAAAGAAAAGGCAGAUUGCCUAAAUUUAUUUUGAGUUUCUAGGUUUAAUCAGACUAAACGUUGCCCAGAAUCAGUGUUGGGUUAUCAGUUCAUAUAAAAUAUGCUGAGUUGCCCAGUUUGAAAAUGCACUUUGAAUAGUAACAAAAAAAAUACAAAUAAUACCUAUAAAACACAAAAAAAGGAAGCCCAAGGCUUCCAUUUAACAGUCCUUAAAACCCUUUUCUUUAAAAAAAAAUCUGUCCAAUGUUUCAUGUGUGAUAUGACUCUUUCUGCUUAAGCUGCUAUUACUCUUGACAUGGUAGAGGUCCAUGUUCACACUCAAGUCCAUAUGAACUUAAAUCGAGUUUAGAAUCUCAUUUGAGGCCCAACAAGAGUAAAUGUUUAAAAUAACACAGGCAUAGAUACUAGUGUACAUCAAUGAUAACAUUUGCAAAGGAUUAAAUUUUGGGGGUAACAAAUUGCCCCAAAACACUUCUCACAUUAAAUGAACCCUUUUAUAUUUUGAUAGAGUUCUGUUGUUUUGUCACAAAGUAAACUUUUAUAUUGGGUUUUACUAUGACCUUUACCAGGAAAUUAUAACUUUAUAUGUAAAAUAAUUAUCCCCAUUAUUAGAGAAGCAGUAUUACAUGUAAUUACAAAUUAUAUAAGUUCCAUUGGGAUUGUAUUGAUUAUUGUAUUUUCCCACUAUCGUAUUUUGAUUCGAUGGCCCUUUAUGCAAUGUCUUAGCAAUAGUGAAUAUCAUACCCAUCCAAGAGAAGUGGGUAGCAGUUCUUCAUCAUGAAAAGGAUAUAUUACAUAUUUAAUAUUUUCCCUUUGCAGUAUUGCACUUUUGUUUAACUAGAAUACACCUAUGAAAUAGCCAAAGUUUUCAAAAAGUUAUUAAACUUAGUUUGCCGAUGGAGUAUUUCAACACCAUCAUUUCUUCCUCUUCCCUUCAUGUUCCCUUUUAUUCCCUUUCCUCAUCUUCUCUACCCCCCCAAAAAAAAGUCCUAAAUCUUGUCACUAAAACCUAAUUUAUAUCAAAUUUAUGAGAUAAAGUAUUUUCCUAAUUAUGGUCGAGUGAGUUUGGUUAACAUCCUAGUGAUUCUCUUUCUAUGUAAUAAGGCAAUUACAGAUUUAAAGCAUUAAGGCUAAUACUGAUUUUGAACAUGUUCUAUUGGGUUUCAAGGCACUUAAAAUUGGUAUCAAUUGGCAAAAAGUUGUCUAGCUAUCAGCCAAACAACAUGCAAAUAUGAUUGUAUAAAGUUAAGGGUCUAAGGAAAAUUCAAUAGAAUUACACUAAUACUGACGUUCCAGUUGAAAAGAUAUCCAAGUGUGUGUUGGUAGUUACUAAAAGAAUUAUAGCUGUUAUUGCCUUGUAUUUAUAUCCCUUGUUUCAGGCUUCAUGAUCCAAGUCUUAGUCCAGUUUUUCUUUUGGACAUUUCAAAUAUUUGCCAGUUGUGUUCUGUGUAGUCUGAAUUUGCUUUCUGUAGUUGAAAAAAAUGUCUUAAAAAGUCAUUUGUAAUUUAUUGAAUUACUUUCUAUGAUGUUCUAUAGAGCAAAUGGAAGUUUAAUUAUUUUUUAUUAAACAUAUUCUUUGACUACC